AUGUGGAAACUCAGGAGUGUACUUUCCUUCGCCGCCGUUGUGCCUGGUAUGGCUCAGAAAGGACAUAUGAUACCAAGUCAACUCCAUAAAACCAAUCACCUUGAAAGGACCGGUCAUAUUGAAAGGCAAGAGGCAAAGGUCCCCGCCGAAAUAAUCUCAGUAAAGAAUGCCACCCCGACCGUAAAAACCUUCUUGUUCCGUCCUCCGUCCUCGUCCGUCACCUUGUUUCACUUUCUUCCCGGGCAAUGGCUCGACGUGUUCAUCCCUUCCGUGCCUGUGGUUGGUGGAUUCUCCAUAACCUCCACCCCACUACAAUACUCUCGUACAAACACAUUUGAAUUGGCCAUAAAGUAUUCAACUCAUCCACCCGCAAAAUGGUUUCACGAGAUGGCAAAGACUGGCGAUCUCGUGGAGGUCAGGGUCGGCGGAGAUUUUGUAUGGAACGAAGAGAAAGAGCAUGAGGAAGGGACAAAGAGGGUCGUGUUCAUCGCUGGUGGUGUUGGGAUAAAUCCUUUGAUUAGUAUGGUAGGUGCUAUUUUGGAAAGUUCGGGGGUGGAUCAAAGAGGUGAUGACGAUUUCAUCGAUCGAGAAAAAAUCCGGAAAGACGAUGAUCUCGAAAAUCAUCUAACGAAAAUUAGAUUGCUAUAUAGUGCUAGAACCUUUGAUGAAUUGUUGUUUUAUGAACGAAUAGAAAAAAUGCGAAACGAGUGGUCAGAUUUACUAGAGUGCAAAUAUUUCUUGACAAGAGAUGAUCCACCCCAUUCAUUGGCUACAAAUUUCGGGAAAGAAUUUUAUUAUCGGCAAAGGAUAAAUCGGGAGGUUUUGAACGAGUUAGUUGAGAAGGAACGGCCGAAUAUGGACAGAUUAAAAUGCUUCGUGUGCGGACCUCCCCAGAUGCAGGACGAUCUCAUCAAAUAUUUGAGAGAGGCUGGCAUGGAUGAGAAGAAGAUUUUGUUUGAAAAGUGGUGGUAA